AUGGGUGGAAUUAAGGAACUCGUCAAGAACUCACAAGGCAUCGUACGGGAAGCCGUUAUUCUACUACCAUCACGCCGUCUAAUUCGCCGACCACUCAAUCUUUUAACACCCUUAGAACUAGAUGAACCUUCAUUAGAGAACAUACAAAGAGACCAGCAACUCGAGACAACAGCUCCACAACCAACUAGACAACACAAAUUACCAAUAGAAGGAAACAACACAACAGCGCUCACAGAAACAACCCCUAGAGAGCGGACAGGUACAUAUAACUUACGACGCCAGCAGCGAAUUGAUUAUAAAAAACUUCUCAACCCUUCACUAGCAACAACUUUAAAUAUUUCACUGAUCCUUAACAUUCUCUCCCUAUUAACUCUUCUGGGACAAUGCUCAGCAGCAAAUUCGAACCGGCAUACCAACACCCGCCAUAUAAAGUGCAUCAAAGGAGGAAUACAACUCACUUCUCCUGGCAACACUCCUUGCCAGGUAUGUGCAGACGGUUACUGUAAAACGUUAGAAACUCCAAAACCCUACGAGAUAGUCAGUUUUCCACCGCAUAUAAUUCUGCACAAAAUUCAAUGGAAACUCGCGGAUAAUCAAUCAAUCGAUAUUAUCGAAACAACAUGUCCACCGUCACCAUUCUGCGAACACCUCAACUGUGUACUAUGUGCGGUGCUAAUUUUCAAUCCCGAAUGCUGGCCAACAGGUGCAUUACUGGCAUCAGCAAUUGUUAUUUAUUGCAUUGUUACCGGCUGCUACGUACUACUAUACGUACCACUCACUCUCGGAAAACCAAUUCGAGUAAUACUUCAUUUUACUUGGCAUGCAAUACGAUCGGCAAUCACCAGUCUGAAUCGGAAAAUCAGAAGACCUCGCUCUACGCACCACAACAUCAAACUCAGCAAAAUAAUAAUGAUCGCGAUUUCAUUUACGCUCACAUGUAACGGUUGCCAACAGGUAAAUCUAUUCUCCCAUAUGACAACCCUCCGCAGGCAAGAACAGAGAGGCCAGGUUUGCGAUGUCCAACUCUCCGAAGUCUUAAAAAUCAACCCUGUCACAAGAGAGGCCUGCUUUAAACUACUCAACAACGAAACAUCACUAUACGAAAUAAGAAUCGAAUGGAAGUCAUUAACACUAACUUGCGAACCCGAAACGGACUUGUUUACGCGAGAUACCGAGCACCACGUCAUCGACAGCAAGCGAUGUCCACACACAGGAUCAUGCAAGGGAGAGAAGUGCGCAGGAAUAAAUGCCACAAGUCUCAUACCAGAACUUGCAAUGGGAAAUAAAUACCCAGGAAUAACAGCCUGCGUUGAAUCUUGUGGAGGNGCACCACAACAUCAAACUCAGCAAACUAAUAAUGAUCGCGAUUUCAUUUACGCUCACAUGUAA